GUUUACACAGCCCAGAUGAUUUUACGUCAUGUAACUCUGCUGCCCACUGGUGGUAAUAAUCUCCCUGAAGAGGCAAACAAACGGGGCGACUGUUGCUCAACUUUGACCGUGCAAAGCGAAACCUCUCGCUGUCCAAGCUAAACUGAUCGUGAUCAUGGCAGUUUCAGAUGAAGUUGAAGUGGCGGAGUCGAACCAGAACCCACUGAUGACUGUCACGUUCCAGAGAGACACCAACAGGAAGCAGAAAUACCUGGAGGCUGAACCAAAAGCUCUAGGGAUAACCCAGAUUGCCAUGAGUUUGUUUCAGAUUGCGUCCACAAGUGUGUUUCACCACCAAAACCUUGGCCUAAAUGAAACAGACAUCCCUUUCAUCGUUUUAUCACUUCUGGUGGUUAUAGCUGGGAGUGUCGCUAUAGCUGCAAAGAACCUCCACCUGCCUACACUGAGAGGCUGCCUGGCGAUGCAGAUUCUGGCCUGCAUCGCCUCCCUAUUCAACAUAAUCUGCCUACUGAUCAAUCUUGAUCAAUAUGCGACACAAUGCUGGCACUACUAUAGCGGAAACCUCACCACUUACUUGGAUGACUGCCGUGUUCUGGAGCGCACCAGGACUCACCUCUUUGCAGAGAGCAUACUCAUCCAGGUCACUUUGUUCACCAUCUCAGCCACUCUGGCCGCUUAUUGCUGCAAGGUGGUCAACUGUUGUGCGCCGCCUCCCAAAGUGCCUGUGAUCACUUUGCAAACCCAACCUGCCGAACAGUAAAGAUGUACACCAAAGGAGCAAAGAGGUGACCUGCAGCACAAGCUAGCAGCGCUAAAAGCCAUUUUCUUCCUGCCUGCACCAACCUUGUGAGGAGAGUUCACAACUUUUAUACAAAUAUAGCGUAUAUUAUAUUUUUAUAUUCACUAACCUGUUUGUCAGUUGGGUUAUCGCAUAAGUUAUCAGUAUGACCCGACAUACUUGCUUUGUAUUUUACUACAAUUGCCUAAAUAAUACUUUGUUUGAUU